CUCGAGACGCCAUUUCUAUGCGGAGAGAGAUUUGUGCGAAAUAUCAAUGUUUACAACAAUUAUACCAUAAAUACAGUGAAUGACAAGUGAUUGUCACGACUGGCCAUCACUUGACGGCCAGACAAUGGACCGAAACCAGUGCUGAAGACAAUUAGCGCCACUUUGUUCUCACGCCUUCACUACUCGUCGCACAGUUUUGAGCGCUUUAUUGAAGUUUUGAGUUGUUUUGAACGAUGAAUGCAUUGGAGUCAACACAACCGCACGUGUGUUGUCUUCGACCAACACUUGUGACAAGACAUGAGUCCCAAACCCCACACCAUAUGAGCCGCAACUCUCACCACAACACCCGUUAACUCAUCGAUGGCUGCAAUCAAUGACCACAUGAUUAGUACCGACUCUAAAGAGUCGGUCGAAACUAAAACAGAUCUAAACCACAAAUGUGUGGAUAUUAUCGACAAAAGUGUCAACAAUUUUCCUCCGAAGAGUGAAAUGACUCGACAAAUGUCUUUGCCGUCGACUCUGCCAUCGAUGCAAACAUCCAAUCAUUUGUCGGCAAAUAGCGCGCCAUUUCUAUCGCCGCCGCAGUCGACCUCCAGUGCGGAUCCGGUGCACGACUUGCCUCCGGAACUGUUGCAGAAGGGGUGGCGAUGUUUCUGGAGUAAGCGUGAGGGCAGACCUUAUUUCUACAAUAAGGUCUCAAACGAGUCCUUAUGGGAAAUGCCACAAAUCGGCGGUCAAUACGACCCCAUCACUGAUCCGCUGGGCAUACAGUCAUCAGUGCCGCCAACGCCUACAGAUCCGACAACUCCCACAACAAUUCCCUCCAAUUUCUCUCAUUGGCCGCAAAGAGCGGGCGAUAAGAGAUCGCUUUCAAUGGACGACGCGAUAAGCGGUGGACCGCCGGCUAAACGGCUUGUGCUCAGCGGACCCUUUGAUCUGGAAGUGCACACCAAUUGUGUCAUUUGGGAGAGACCUCCUGUCCUUCAAUUUCACUCGCAUCCAGAGGUGGAGUCAUUGCGGGCGGCGUUGGUCUUGAAAUUGAGACAACAGUUCCACGAGAUGUGUCACUCCAGAGAGAACAUCGAAGCGCCCAAAGAGUCGUUCAAUCGCUGGCUUAUGGAGAGGAAAGUGGUGGACAAGGGAUGCGAUCCAAUGAUGCCGAGCGAGUGCUUCUCGGAGGUGUCGCGAGCCAUGUAUAACGAGAUAAUGAAUGACAUUCCCAUCAAACUAUUUAAACCCAAAUUCUCGGGCGAAGCGCGAAAGCAAUUGUCGAAAUACGCGGAAGCGGCCAAAAAGAUGAUUGAAUCGCGAAACGCGUCGUCCGAGAGCCGCAAGAUUGUCAAGUGGAACGUUGAGGACGCCUUCCAAUGGAUCCGCAAGACAUUGAACGCCACUUUCGAGGACUACCAGCAGCGGCUCUCUCACCUCAAACAGCAGUGUCAGCCGCACAUCACCGAAGCCGCCAAAGGCUCCGUCGAAGCCAUUUGUACCAAAAUAUAUCACUUGUCGUGUGAAUACGCAAAGAAAUGCCAUCAAAAGAAUACCGAAAUCAUGGCCGCAGACGGACUCAAAGAGAGCUGUCCGUUAAGGGUUCAGAACCCGAAAAAGGUAUAUUGUUAUCCGGUAGUGUUGGCUCAUCCGUGUCCUAAAUUGCCCGCCGUUCACAUCUUCACCGAUAAGGACACAACACAUCUGAGGUAUAAAAACGAUUCGUUGCGUAUAAGCACUCUAUACCUGCAAAAGUUGGAACAACUCUAUCGGUACAACUGUUUCGAUGACCGCAAGUUUAACCUAUUUUUGUCACGUGUUUGGUCUCUACUCAAGAGAUAUCAAACAUGGUUUGGCACAAACGAGAGUUCGCCCACUCAGGGAGCGCUUCCACUAUCGGUGUUCUCAGUUCUUCAGAAACACUUUGGCGUCACGUUUGAGUGCUUUGCGUCGCCUCUCAACUGCUAUUUCAGACAAUAUUGUUCCGCAUUCGCCGACACCGAUGGCUACUUCGGGUCGCGAGGACCAAUACUCAACUUCAAUCCGGUUUGCGGAUCAUUCGAAGUGAAUCCUCCAUUUUGUGAAGAACUAAUGGAAACAACGGUCGAUCAUUUCGAUAAAUUGUUGGCCAACUCUCCCGAACCGCUCUCAUUCAUAGUGUUUGUGCCCGAAUGGAGAGAUCCGGUGCCAAAAGUGAUAACCAAACUUGAAAGCAGUAAAUUCAAGCGCAAACAUCUGGUGAUCCCGGCGUUUGAACACGAGUACAGAAACGGUUGUCAACACGUGUGCGACAAAAACGACGUGAACUUGAAGUCAGCGCACGGGACGCUCAUUGUCUUCCUUCAGAACGACUCGGGUUUUUUGAAAUGGGGUCCGACUCCUGAACGACUCGAUGAACUCAUUGAGGCCUAUAAGUGCGGCAGAGAUAAGGAGAUCCCAAUCCUGUCACCCCCUCCCACACCUAUUAAUCAUCAAAAGAGCGAAACUGACAAACAGUUAAACUCCGAAAGUGGACACAAAGACGACAACUCUAUCAGUGUUUCGAGCAGUGAAUAAACAAUCGCUUCAAAACUCCUUUAAUCGUUUGAUUUUGUAUUCAAUACAAACUUUUAGUUUUAGAUUUUAUUGUAUAUAAAUUACAUUUUAGUUUUCAUAUGUUAUUAUUAUUCAUUAAAUUGUAUAUAUUUAUCACAAAUACC